UACACGUAUUAGGCUGGUGGUAUAUAAUACAAAGUGUAAUUGUUUAAGCAAAGCAAAAAACAAAACCUAAAAACCAUCAUUUAAUUUUAUACUUAAAUCUGAAACAAGCACAGAAUGGUUCACCUUCUGAUUGGUAAAUAUUUGAAUGAAGUGACAUUUACAACAGUACUGCUGUGUGUUGUAUCAUUGUAUGAGGGAGUGACAUCUGCGGUUGUUCCCGGUGAGAGGUAUCGUGGUCCCGUUGUUCGGGUGUUGGAGAUCAUUGGACAACAGCAGUGUGUCCGAGAAUGUAGACACAGACCCAAGCUAUGUCGGGGAGUCAACUACCGGAAACAGGAACUGUUGUGUGAACUCGUGUCGGCCAUCGACAAAACGGAAACCAAUCCCGACUAUGUUAGAAUUGAACUUAAUCAGACUGUAAAUGUACCAGAAAUGAACCAGGAAUGUCUGGCGUGCUCCUCAGACGAUCAGUGUGUGACACUGUCCAUUCUCUUAGCACUUGCAUUGGGUAAACCUACCGAACAAUCUUCAACGUUUCAUACCUAUGGAGCUGAGUUGGCAGCAGAUGGUAACAGAGUACUGCUGUGUGUUGUAUCAUUGUACGAGGGAGUGACAUCUGCGGUUGUUCCCGGUGAGAGGUAUCGUGGUCCCGUUGUCCGGGUGUUGGAGAUCAUUGGACAACAGCAGUGUGUCCGGGAAUGUAGACACAGACCCAAGCUAUGUCGGGGAGUCAACUACCGGAAACAGGAACUGUUGUGUGAACUCGUGUCGGCCAUCGACAAAACGGAAACCAAUCCCGACUAUAUUAGAAUUGAACUCAAUCAGACUGUAAAUGUACCAGAAAUGAACCAGGAAUGUCUGGCGUGCUCCCCAGACGAUCAGUGUGUGACACUGUCCAGUAAGAAAGUCCAUUGUAUUCGAGCUGUUUCCAACCUUGCGUUGCAUAAGCAUGCAAAUCAAUCAUCGACGCAUGCAUGGGCAGGAGUGGCCUACUCAGCCAAUUUGGCAGUUGAUGGCAACAACGGUACAGACUUUGUCGUAGACAAGUGUGCCAGCACAGAGGGUGGAGACACGAAUCCGUGGUGGUUGGUGGAUUUGCAGGCCGUGUAUUUCAUCAGAUCUGUCAGAAUAUUCAAUAGAGGAAUGGACAAGUGGGGACAAGAUGUGUCAGACCGUCUGCGGAAUGUCACCGUCACUGUAGGGCUGACAGAAUCAGAUGUCAACACUCCCUGUGGUUUCUUUGCUGGUCCCGGUACUUUGUCACAGCUGGUCGUAAUCGACUGUCCGACAUUACCACAGGGGAGAUUUGUAAAGAUCUUGAUAAUCACAGAGUAUCUCACUCUUUGUGAAGUUGAAGUGCUUGGAUACUCUGUAUAAUUAUGAUUGCCGAUAUCUUUUAUUUAAUGAUUCUUUUUCCGACCAAAUAAAUACUGUAGAUUCCUAAUUAAUCAUGACGAUUUAUAUCGGCGUAAAAUCACGAGAAACUCCCCUUGCAGAUUUUAAAAUAUUGCUUUAAUUUUAUGGGAGUUGAGUACUAUAAGAAUUAGGAUAAAAAUUCAAUAUUCGCGAUUUUAUAUUCCCGCGAUUUGAUUCAAAAUGACGGGAUUGUUGAAUUAAGUACUCUCAUAAAAUAAUGACUGUACAGUAUGUGUAUGUUGAGGAGAAUUUUUAAUAGCCUAAUGUUCAGUUUUGUGACAAAACUAUCCAUUUAAUGAUUGCUUUAAGAGUUUUUAUUUAUUAAACUGCAAGCAGUUGAUAUACACAUGUAAAGCGUUUGAUAAACUAUUAAAUUUGAUUAAACAUUUAGUAUUUAGAUUUGAACAGUAUGUGUUAAGUUUUAUUCUGGUCUGUUUUCUUUUGGGUCAAUAAAACACAUCUGCAGUUAUGUUGUUUUCCUUUUAAACUGCAUGGUCUGUCGUUUGUCCAUAACUUGAUGAAUCUAUUUUCCACAGAAUUUAUAAUAGAAAAUUAUAGACUUUCGCCUAUUAACACUUGCUUGUCAAUAUGAUUUUGAUG